CGCCGGCCAUGACUGCCUGGAAACCUCGGAUAGGUUUUACUAUACUCGAGUCUGCUAUAUCCAUCAAAUUUCUGUUAAGUUUAAAAACUUGUUAAGUGAUGUUAAUUAAUUAUUAAGUUCAAUGAAUUAAUCAGAAAGAAAGCAUAAUUACUGAACAAAUUAAGACAACAACAAUAAUAAAAACAUGAUAAGUUACACAAAGGUUUGAUUAACAUUUUUUUGCCAGAGAGGAGUAAAUAAAUAACGACAUUUCAGAUAGUAAUUGGAAAUUCACUCCGGCUCUGUGCGUGCAUGAAUUGAGGCCCUGUCCACACUACACCAGAGAAAUUUGAAAACGCAGCUUUAUUUCUGGGGUUAGGCCUACGGCGUCCAAAAAAAUCCAGAAUAUUGACCACCGGCCGAAAACGGAGCCUUUCGAUAUUCGAAUCACACGAAUUUGAAAACGCCGGCUUGCGUUUUAGUGUGUGGAACCUCUCGAUUAUUCGAAUCCAAUUUUGUUUUCUUGGUAGCUGGGAACUGCAUGUAUUUCUAUUGUAAAACGAAAAUGCAAACGUUCAAGCUGAGAAUUAAACUACUGGACACCAAAAUAGACUCCACAUUGGAGUAAGCCUUAUAUCGGCUAGAUAAUCCCUCUGAAGUUAAUUUUAGAUCUCUCACGGUUUGGACGUCCCAGGGGAUCCUGAGACAGGAAUUUUGCUUACAUGGACAGCCCCAGCAAUUUGACACGGAAAUUCAUCCUCCACGAGAACCAUGGUGAUCCACGAAACGCGCUAGAACUGGAAAAAUAACUUGAGAAGGAUUAUCUUGGGAAUAAGUCUCUUGCCGUUCAUUCUCUCUUAUUCGUUAUGCCUUCUUAAUUUGUCACCACUAGAGCCCAGCUGUCUUGUUGAAUUCAAAUGCUUAAUUGCAUUGCGCAUCCUUGCUGCCCACGUUUUUCAGGUCGUUUGCGCAUGCCUAAACGAGCAGGGCAACCCCACUCACUUAAUGUAUAAAUUUAAAUGACAUAUGGUUGACUACGACAUGUCGCGAUAAAGUUUAAAAUUCUGGUUUGAUAUAUUUCUAUUUCAUAUGCAUCCUCGGAGACCCAGGGGCUACUAGCCGGGACGAUGCGAUAUUUUCGGGCGAGCGAUAUUUUUGGUGCGAAAGUUUACUUCAAGAGCUGAAUAGCCCCUGGGAACUUAUUCUUACCAAACCAGUUCCAGCGCUGGUCAAAUUCCGUCCCGCUGAUUGGCCAGUAGCCCCUGGGUCUCCGAGGAUGUUUCAUAUGGUGUAAAGCCUAGAACUUUCUUUUAGGAAAUGCUGGUUAUGUGCUCAUGCAGAAAAUUCGUUCAGUAAUUUGCUUCAUGAUCUGAAUUAGUUAUUUUUCAAUUAAUUAAGAUAGGUUAUAAUGUGAGAUCAAAGUCUUGUUCAACAGCUGCAACAUUUUAAUGCAAGGAUUUUUUCAGAAAUUUCAGUUAAUACUUUCCCUUCCUUAUUACAAGGGUACGUUCCUAAGAAAAGUCUCGGGGGCAAAAAAGUUGCUAAAACCGUCAUCCAUAUUGCGCAAAAGAGAGCACGGCGACCCUAGUUUUAUACUGCACUGUAUUUUGCAAGAUUUCUAUCAUAAACAACGGAAGGGGCCAGUUUGCCUGUUUUCCUAUAAUAAUGAAUACUGAAAUGUUGAAAAGGAAGAUCCGAUCAGGAAGGUAUUCAACUUAUUCGGUAUGAAACAGAAAUUUUUCUAAUGUUACAAAUAGCAUUCAUAACAUCCAUGUUAGUUUAUUGAAAAGAAUCACGUAUUAUUUUGAUGGUUGAAUACCUGAUUAAGAAUUUAGAGGGCUGAUAUUGAAACCACUACGUCACUGAAGACAAUUAUAUGGUAAUUAACUUCUUAUGUCUUAUGAUUGGCGCCGUGAUCACCAUAAUGGAGGCUCGGUUUAAAACAGCUGUGUGUGGUAGGAAGGAAAAAUUGGUUAACACACUGUUGGAAUAGACUCCGUAUGACUUGAGGACACAGGGAAACUCCACAAAUGUGGACGAGGUAUACGAGAUCAGCCUCUUGUUGAAGCUCAAGCAAAGAUGAAAAUCUCUUGAAAACCAAAACGGUUCUAAAGGAAUCAUUUUGCCCUAAACUGGCUAAGAACUGACGGAAAGUGGUGGAUCAAAUGAGCGGAAUGGAACUUAAUGGAGUUUUGCCCAAUGGGAAUGUCAAACAACAAAACCUCACCACCUUACAGGUCGACAGAAUAACACGGUCAUCACUCACUCCCACGGAACAAGACGAAGAAGAAGAGGAGGAAGGCCAGGUUACACCUCUGCCAGGUUCCACAGUAGAACUAGAUACGCUUGCUUGGCCACCUGAUGACGAUACACAAGGCCCAGUUCACGUGACAGUCAUACCAUUAGAACGGGACGACCCCAGAAGAAAAUCUCGUUAUUCAACAUAUAACCAGACGCUUCCACGACUCAUUCCCCGUCCAGAUAAUCACAUCUGUUUAGCACUCAUUGCAAUCUGCUGCUGUUUACCUCUGGGCUUUGUGGGAUUCAUUUGUGCACUUCAGGUUGAUACAGCAUACGAUGAUGGCAACAGGGAAGGAGCGGUGUGGCGGGCUAAGAAUGCCAAGUACUGGAGCUUAGCUGCUGUUGUCUUUGGAAUGCUGGGAUUUCUUGGUAUCUCAUUCUAUUUAAUAUUCUUUCUCCUCGUUCCUGCGAUCUCAUAGCCGUUAGAGGUGGCUAAACUCGAAUCGCAAGGAUGAAAAUACUUCUAUAUUAACAAAAAAGAAUGGAUAUAAGAAGGCCCGAUUGUUGUAUAAGAUACAAGUCAGGGGUAGAUGUAUAUCACAACCAGCAAUGUCGACAUUUUUCCAUCGCAGAAGUUGCAACACUGAUCACGGAUGGAUGGGAAGGGGACAAUGGAAGAUAAAAGAAACAGAAAUCACACUCCUGAAGCACGCUGCUGCAGGUUAAGAUGACUUGAAAAUUUGGACCUUGUCACACACAGAAGAUCCGUGAUCCGAUAAAAAGAGGGCGAACGCUGAUACUCCAUUCAAUCUCAUUCAGUUCUAGCGCCCUCUAUUGUACUGAGCGAAACAGACUGACACGCAAUUGGUAUUGACUUCAUGUUGCUUACAUGGAGAAUUAAGUGCUCUGGCAACGACACUAGUAUUAAUAUACAAUUAUUGUUUCGUGACGGAAACUCGAAGAAACGAGUGAAAACGAUUGGAAAAUGGCGGACUACCCAGUUGUGCUCAUAGGGCUACAUAGAAUUACCGGUAUUACUGAUUCUCCUGCCCAUUCUUAUUGCAUUCAUUUAUCUUAUGAGUACACUUGAAAUGAGAUGACAAAGGCACUGAUUUAGUGUAUCAACUUAGUUUGAUACCAUAUUCAUCACCGGUUUGUGACUGACACGCUGAUAAACAAAGAUUUCUAGCUAAAACCAGCCAUACAUGACGUCGCAUACAGUUUGACUAAAACUACCUAAAUUCAUCUAGUUUUUCCUUCCUUAUUGAAGUCGCAGUUGCGUUUUUAUACCAAGACAAUCCAGUGAACCAAUCAAAGCUCAAACCAUAUUUGGCCGUCCCAAAGCGCGGGAACACCUGUGCUAGUGAGUCACGAUUGGUUUGGGUCUUGCUUCUGAUUGACUGACAAACUGGCACCAAAUUUUUAAGCCAAUCACUUAGCGUAGUAAGGCAAGACCAGAGCAAUUGCGAAUUAAUUUCAGCACUCAAGUGAAAAUCGCUGUGAUUAGCAUGAGAAAAAGAAAAGAAAAAUGAUGGAUUCUGGUAACCGGGUCAGUCAAACUAAUGACGUCAUAAGUAGCCUGCGAACGCAGACGUAUUUUUGGAACUGACGCCUGCGUUCGCAGGCUGCGCCAUUAGCCUUUGCCAUUUCAUUAUUUUUAGCCGGUAAAACAUGCAUAUCUGUCGUUGUAGCCACUAUUCCUCUUAUUUAGUUGUUAACAAAACACUAUAAGGGGAAGAAACAGUUGUUAUAUACCUGGGACCGGUUGUUUAAGCUCGAAGCUCAAUCAAGGCACUAGUUAGGGUGAAUUUUGAUUUAAGUCUUGUAAAUUUUCAGAGAGGUUUCAGUAAGAUUGAGCGGCCUUCAAUGUGACUCUGAUUAACAGUGUCAAAUCCUCAAAACAGUAACUUCGAGCAACCAAGCCUGGGAGUAGGCAUAAUGCAAACCCUAAUAUACGUAUACAGCAUGUGUAUACAGCUCCUAGCAUACAGAGAUCACUCUAUGGACAAUGCAUGCGCCGGCGCACGCCGGGUAUUAUUUAUAAUAGUAGAAUGAACGAGUGACUGCGUUUUAAAUACGUUAAAAUACCACUAGUGAAUAAAAUGUGCUAUAAAUACUUUCCAUUGUGCAUUUUUUUCAUAAUAAGUAGUGACAUGCUAGAAAGCCAGCAGCAUGAAGCUGACUUGAAGAUGUAGAGGGCCGACUUCAGACACAACUUAGAGCGAGUUUCAAUUAGUCCAGCAAAUUUAUUUGACUUUCCGUAGGAGGAAGGUAAAUUCCUAAAGAUAAACAUAAAACGAAUUACUACAAAUAACUAACCGAAGACUGCAGAAAACUAAGAGGAAAAUACAAAACAGACCAUAAACUAAACGGCUUAUCAAAAUGCUGGCAAUGGGGUUCAGGGAACCAAGAAGUUACAAGUGUACCAGACGAUAAACUAGCACUAAAUGAACAUGAAAGGAUAACACAAAUAUAUACGCAACGAAAUUUACAUACGACGCGAGAAAAAAA